GCGGCUUGAGGGAAAAUUUGAACUGUUGAUUUCCUGUGUUUAUUUUGCGGGGAGGUGGUUGGCGUUUCAGCUUCUCUCCCGCUACUGACUCGACGAACGUCUCGGCUAAAAAUAUUCUCCCUGUGGCCUUAUUCCUCUGCGCUUGUCACUGUUUUCUCUCAUCAAGAAACAUAACUUGUUGGUAAUUUGUCAGAUUCAUGAAAUAUCCAUCGAGAAGCAGUCGUGGGCAGACUUCAAGCAUUUUGGCAAAUUAAAGCACAGGGGCCGUUGAUUGGCCUUAUUUCCGCGACUUUUCAUCUCAGAAUUGCCGUGUUGAGUCCAAGACGUUGGUGGUGGUUUUGUCUUCUCCUUGGAAGGACAUUUUAUCCGUAGUCAUAGUAAUGGCAGCUGAAGUGCAAAUGGUACUUUAUGAAGAUGAUUCCGUGCAAGUGCAAUAUGCUGAUGGUUCCAGACUACAGCUUUCUCCUUGUGGCUCUGAAUUUCUAUUUGAAAAGGCACCUCCUGUUUCAGCACAUCCUUUAGAACGACCAGAAAGAAUUCGUCAAAGGACACAUUUUGUUAUCAGCACUUACCGAGAGCAACUACAGCAAGCCCUAGAUUUUCGAAAUUCUUUUGCUACUUGCCCUUUUUUAUCUGAAAGCAUCAUACCUUCUGAAAGAAAAAAGCGUAUCUUCAUUGACUUCUCAGAAGUCAGAUGGCCCAGUCCUGAUACUGAUGAUGGCAUGCUGUGUAUGCAGAGCGGCACCGUGAAGAUAUCAUCAUUAGAUGGGCAUGCAUACCUUUGUCUGCCGAGAUUGCAGCUUGAAUUUACAGUACAUUUUUUGUGUAAAGUAAGCCAGAAGCCAGACUCAUCUAUAGUAUUGUCAGAAAAGAAGAUUCAAGCCAGAAAGGACAAACUAGAUGAAACAGCAGGCAAAAUCUGUACAUAUGGAAGUUUAUCAAGACAGAGACUGAAGAAUAAAGAAAACGAACUUUACUAUCAGACCAUGAAAUCCAAGGAACCUUUAGAGAAAAAGAGCUGUGUAAAUGGAGCCGAAGGGAGUGGCGAGCCACCUCUGCCUGGUACAAAACACACGUGUGUAUACACGUGGGUGAAACAGUGCUGGCCUGUGGCCUCCUGUCCAGAGGAAUGGAAAUAUCCCUUGUCUUUAGCACUGCAUUUGCAUGAUAAAAUCAGCAGUGUGUCUAGAAUUGAUGCAGCCAUCACCCAGAAUAAAACUUUGACUUCUGAUAUUUCAGAGGAAAGAGGGAAAGAGGUUUCUGUUCUUCCCAGGGCCCUGUUACUCAGCUGUCCUGUCCCACACCUGCACAGGUGGAAUUUUUGUGAUUCACUUUCACAAGGACAGUUUGAUGAAGAAUAUUCCUAUCCUGAACUAGUGAAAGUAGUUUGGUACAAAGGUGUAACUUAUCGACUUACCCAUAAAAAUGUGAACUCAAUAGAGAUUUAUCCUGGAGAUGGCUCUGUUUUCAAAUCUGAGGGAGCUUAUUUUGGGAGCUAUUUUACUUAUUAUUCCAUUCAGGAAGGAUCAGAAGAGAAAGAAGAGAAAACUUAUUCAGUAAAUAACCUUCCUCCUGAUAGACCAGGAAGUCUCUACUCUGUGUGUUCUCUGAUUAAACAGGCAACCAGAAUUCUUCAGCACUGUGCGAAGACAAGGCUUUCUUUAAGCCAUAACUAUCGUAUAUGCUGCUGGAAAAUGGUACCUGGGAUAAAUGAUAGCAAUAUACUGCCUUUACUUUUGAGAGAAUCGCUCAUACCCAGCGUGGGAAGAUUUCUUGCAUACUCUGAUGACAAAGUACAUGCUCUCUUUUUAAAUGGCAUUACUCUAACCCUAAAUUGGAAUUUCAGCUCUUUUACUGAAAAGAGACAGGUAAAUCAAGGUCUCAACUUAGCUUGGUGUAAGUUAACUUUUCCUGAUGGGCAAGAUCAGUUAAUUCAGAUUGGACACCCUGGACCAUAUGAAAGAUAUGUGACAGCAGUCAUAUCAUGGUGCAGAAGCCUGACCCAGACUAAUCAGAGAGAGAUGCCCACACAUUCUUCAUCUUCUAUUCUUGAAGAAAAUUGGUCUGUGGCCUCUGAACUUGAAAAGAUAAAGAAGUUUAACUUGUUACUGGAGAAUAGUGGUAUCCUAAACCAGAUUUCCAACAAAGAAAAUGAACAGUCAUCUGAUCAUUAUGAACCAAAACCUUCAGAAACCUUGCUGGAAGAAGUUAAUGAAAAGAGAGUAUCAGUGGCAUUGAAAAAAACCUCUGAAAUCCUUCAGGAUAUUGACUAUCUUCUAUUAAAUUCUAAAAAGUGAAUCACAAACCUUAAGGAUGUUGUUUCAAGUGACUAGUAUUACUAGUAAGCCAAGAAAUUACAUAUAUUACUUCUGUGCAAUGAUUAUAUGAAAAAAUGACAGUUAAUUUUGGGGGUUACCUAAUUGUAAAUUUUAAGAUAUAUAUUUAUAAUGUACCUUAUUAAUAAAGAACUAUUUUAGAAUUUUGAA